AUGACCCCAGCCGACGUGGCCAACUCAAACAUGGUUGCAUUAUUAGCGACGCUCAUCGUCCGUAUGGUGGCCGGUCCCCUCUGCGAUAGAUUCGGUCCGCGCUAUGUUUACGCGGGAAUUUUGUUUUGCGGCGCCAUCCCAACGGCUUUGGCGGGUCUGGUCAAAGACUCAAACGGCCUCAUUGCCCUCCGUUUUUUUAUUGGCAUCCUUGGCGCUACAUUUGUACCAUGCCAAGUGUGGUGCACGGGGUUCUUCGACAGAAAUGUGGUCGGCACUGCCAACGCUCUCGCCGGUGGUUGGGGAAACGCUGGAGGCGGAGUUGCCUAUUUCGUUAUGCCUGCCGUCUUCAAUUCUCUGGUCAGUUCUCGAGGUCUGACUGAUCAUGUAGCAUGGCGGGUCGCGUUUAUCGUUCCAUUUAUUCUGAUCGUGGCGGUCGCUGUUGGCAUGCUCCUUUUGUGUGAAGACACACCAACGGGCAAAUGGUCCGAGAGGCAUCUUGUCAUCGAAGGCGAGUCGGGAUCCCCGCCGCCUGAGCCAUUGAUUAUAGAACAAGUUGUCAAAGCCCUCAAUGCCGAUGGCUCUCUACAGAAGGAGGAACCGUCGUUGGCAGAUGAGAAGGCGAAGGAAGCUUCAAAACUCGACUCCCCCGUGCCGGAAAAAGAGCCUUCUAAGUUGGAGAGCGCAGUACCCGACCCUGACUCAGAGAUUGUGACCACCGCUUUAGGAGAAAUGGUUGUAAACCCGACAUUACGGGAAGCCCUCUCUGUUAUUUUCAGCCCACAGUCUCUGGCACUGGCUGCACCAUAUGCGUGCUCCUUUGGUGGUGAACUGGUGCUCGACUCCAAUAUCGGAUCUUAUUACUACAAGAACUUUCCUUACCUUGGCCAGACAGGCUCUGGUAACUGGGCAGCCAUGUUUGGCCUGCUCAAUGUCCUAUUUCGCCCAGCCGGUGGCCUGAUUGGCGACUACAUAUACGGAAGCACGCACUCUGUCUGGGCAAAGAGAUUAUGGGUAACCUUUUUGGGCGUCGUUACGGGCGCCUUCGAGCUCGCCAUCGGCUUGUCGGAUCCGCACAGUGAAAGCACCAUGUUUGGCCUUAUGGCAGGACUGGCUUUCUUCCUUGAGGCCGCAAAUGGUGCCAAUUUCUCAGUUGUGCCACACGUGCACCCAUUUGCUAAUGGAAUCGUUUCUGGACUCGUCGGCGCCAGCGGCAACUUCGGAGGAAUUAUCUUCGCGAUCGUAUUCCGUUAUCACGGAACCGCUUAUGCAAAGUCUAUCUGGAUCAUGGGCGCUCUUACCAUGGCAGUGAAUGUGGCUCUCGGGUGGAUUAAGCCAGUUCCUAAAGGACAGGUCGGCGGCAGAUAA